CAAAACUUCCUGAGGUGGGUGUAAAUUACGUUUUUGCUAUUGAUUAGCGGAGACUAAUAAGAAAAUUAGGAAAAAGGAAAAAAAAUGAAGAAGGCGAGAGAGUUGGUUGAAGAAUGGGUGUGGUAGCUGCAUUAUUACAUGGCAGCGAUGUGGCAACUUCUCCAUUUUUCCAAACUCAUCCUCUCAUUUCAUCUCAUCACUUUCUUUCUCUUCUGUUUCUUACUCCCACUUGAUCCAUUCCGUUACAUGCUUUGCUGAAUCUGCAGUUUAUUCUGUAUACUAACCCUUUGAUGAUUUGAAGAAUCUGCUGCACCAACUCCAUUCGUUUUGCGGAUUCAGCUGACUAGGUAAUUAAAAUAAUACUAAUAGAAAAAGGUUGUUCCUUUUGUCUUAUAUUGUUGUCUUCAGAGAGGUUUUGCUUUAGAGCUUUGAUUAAUGGUUAGUUAUGACGUAGAGUAGUACCCCACGUGCUACAAGUCUAUGCAACCUUGGUCUCUCCGACAUCACAUGUUUAGAGUUGAUUCCCCUCACUCUUGCGCCCCUUUUCAGAUCUACAAUAUGAAGAUUCUAGUGCCGAGGUGAGGGUGGUUAUGUUAUGGAAGAAAUUUUGAAACUUUGAUAGCCAUGUUGUGAUAAAUUUCAGACCUUUAUUGUGGGAUGGUAAAUAGGACUCUGGAUUUGGAUUUGCAUCUGUAUUUGCGGCUAUUUUGGUUACUGGUCAAAAUCCACUUUCAUCACGGAUUGAUUACCUAAGGUUUGAGGCUGAUUGAUACCUAGGAUUUUGUUUUGGGAAGAUGCAAUCGAGGGUCAUGGUGUCCUUAGAAGAAGGAAAGGAGAUAGGGGUGUUGAGCAGGACCAACCGAUUCAAAGUUUUGCCUCUGCGAUCACCCCGGCUACUUGUUCUGUUUACUGUUCUAUGUGUUGUGUUCUUGGUCAUCAUUGUAUACACGGUUAGGCUUUUGGGUGUGGACAGCCUAGUGAUGAAUGCAAGAAGCUCCGGUUUCGGGUCGUGUUAUGAGGAGGCAACUAGUUUGGAGGAUUGGAUUAGGCCUCCCUCAAACUUGAUGCACAAUAUGAGUGAUAAGGAACUGUUGUGGAGAGCCUCCUUUGUGCCAAGAAUAAAGAAGUAUCCUUUUGCCAGAGUUCCCAAGAUUGCAUUCAUGUUUCUGACCAAGGGACCGUUGCCUCUCGCGCCUCUUUGGGAGAAGUUUCUGAAGGGGCAUGAAGGGCUUUACUCCAUCUAUAUUCAUUCCCUGCCAUCAUAUCAAGCUACAUUUCCUCCUUCAUCUCCGUUUUAUAACAGGCAAAUCCCUAGCCAGGUCUCUGAGUGGGGAAGGAUGAGCAUGUGUGAUGCCGAACGAAGACUUCUUGCUAAUGCAUUGCUCGACAUCUCAAACGAGUGGUUCAUUCUUCUGUCUGAAUCAUGCAUCCCUCUCUAUGGUUUUAGUGCCAUCUACCAUUACAUAAUGAAAUCCAAGUACAGCUUCAUUGGUGCAUUUGAUGAUCCUGGUCCGUACGGUAGAGGACGCUAUAAUGAAAACAUGGCCCCAGUUGUGAAUAUCACUGAGUGGCGCAAAGGGUCUCAGUGGUUCGAAAUAAAUCGAAGGCUUGCCAUCAACAUUGUUGAAGACACCAGAUUUUAUCCGAAAUUCGAACAAUUUUGUAGACCAGCGUGUUACGUGGAUGAGCACUACUUCCCCACCAUGCUAACCAUUCAAGCAGGAAAUCUGUUGGCAAAUAGGAGCAUAACAUGGGUAGACUGGUCCAGGGGUGGAGCUCACCCUGCUACAUUUGGAAAAACAGAUAUCACACUGGACUUUUUCAAGAGAGUUCGGGAAGGUCACAAAUGCCUCUAUAAUGGCAGAAACAUUACAGUUUGUUUUCUCUUUGCUAGAAAAUUUGCUCCCAGUGCUUUGGAACCUCUGUUACAAAUAGAACCAAGGGUCCUGGGGUUCUAGAUCACUACACUACCUCACUACCAUUGGAAAGUAUACAGCCUUGAAUAAGGACUAAGCUGCUACAAACCAAUUUGAGUUGGUUAAGAGGUUAGCUCACUUAAGCAAGUAUUGGUGUUUGAAUUUCGCUUUAUGCAUGCAGCAAUUCAUUGGUCGUCGGCAAAUUCUUAAAUGAAGUUUCGAUUACCGAUGGAUUAGUCUUUGAUCCGUCGAGUUGAGAGAUGCCGUGUAAAAAGGAAAGGAACUUAGAUGCUACAAAAAUUCAUCAUAUCAUAUGGGAGGUGCUGUACGUAGGUGUAGGUAUACAGUGUGUUUUAGGCAAUGCUUUUGCUGAAGAUGAUUGUUUUGACGUCGCAUUUUUCUCUCAUCAAGAGAAACAAAUUCCUCGUGAUUUUUAUAUUUGAUAUGUUGAAUAUGCUGUUUUUUUUUUAUUUGUUUUAGGUUGCUUACUUCAAUUUCAUUGAUUGAUUGGUAUGGAACAUGGUAUAUGUAUAAUGUUUUGGAAGAGUUUCCAGUGUAUCUAGAAUAUUGAUAUUUUAGUUGUCUUAA